AACCCCGUCGGAUGGAGGUGGGCUGCCUUCUUCUCUUUCGAACCCUCUCCUCUCCUCUCAUUCGCCCUCCUCUCCGUCGCCAUUCCUGGCCAGUCCCGUCCUCGCCUCUCCUUAGAGCCUCCUCUUCCCCUCCGCCUAUUCCCUCUCCUCCCUCGGCUUAUCCUCAGGGGGCUUACAGAGGCCCGAAACCCCGGCGGGAUUUGGUAGGCGACUGGGUCUCCAACAACGAUGGGUUCGUCCGGAGCUUGCCCAUCUUCGUGGGCGGCCUCUCCUUGCUCGCUGUCCUCCUUAACCGCGCCUUCUCCGGCAUCGCCCCCGAGUUCUUGAACGACGACGGCGACGAGACGAGGGUUCUGAGCUCCACCGCCCCAUCCUCCACUCCCUUCCUUCAUCGCCGUCUUUUUUCUAGAAUCGAAUCGAAGCUGCACACGGUCUCUCUUGGCCUCUCUUUCCCCAUCUGUUCUUGUUGGUUUCUCUCUCUCCUUCGGAGGGAAAUUACAUGUGCCGAAUUGUGGUUUUCGUUCGUUCGGGAGUGAUUUCUCUGGAGAUGGUUCCGUCUAUCAUCCGGAAAGGUAUAUCUCAGCAGCCCCCUCCUCCUUACUUCCAGCCAUUGCAGGAAGGGAUGUGCUCUGUGCUCACAGGCCAUGAGAUGUAUCAACCACCACUGGAAGAGGAACAAAUGGGAGGUGGUGGGAUUCCGGGAUUGAAGAACUGGGUCACCAGGAGCUUCGGCGCUGGCAACAACGGGCUGGGUGAGGAAGGGGGUGUGGGAUCUGGUGGUCCUCUUGGUGCAAUGGGGUAUGGGGACUUGCAGAGAUCCAUCGAUACAUUUGGCCAGAGAACAUCUCAGUAUAGAGGUGUCACAAGGCAUAGGUGGACUGGUAGGUAUGAAGCCCAUCUGUGGGACAAUAGUUGCAAGAAGGAAGGCCAAACAAGGAAAGGAAGACAAGUUUACUUGGGGGGGUAUGACAUGGAAGAGAAAGCUGCAAGAGCCUAUGACUUGGCUGCCCUCAAAUACUGGGGACCUUCCACACAUAUCAACUUCCCGUUGGAAGAUUAUCAACAAGAACUCGAGGAAAUGAAGAACAUGAGUCGACAAGAAUAUGUUGCUCAUUUGAGAAGAAAAAGUAGUGGGUUCUCACGAGGAGCUUCUAUGUACCGAGGCGUGACGAGGCACCACCAGCAUGGAAGAUGGCAAGCUCGAAUUGGGAGGGUUUCAGGAAACAAAGAUCUUUAUCUUGGAACCUUCAGUAAGUUUUUGAGGUUAGAAGUCCAACCGCUAUGCUGCACCCAAUCUAAGAUGCUGAAAUUUCAGAGGUCCUGUCGAAGAAUGUGGUUACUGGCAAUGACUCUGGUUUUGUGCAUCAGGCAUAGGUGGAUUGGUAGUGCAUGGAAGAGGAUGACCGGGUACAAUUUGGUAUAUGACACAGUUCCUCCCACGUAUCCUGUGGACCAAGACCUCAUAAAGCUGUGUCUGUUGGACCAUUUGAUGCGACUAGGAUGUGGUGACCAUUUCACUAAGGAAAUGGCAGAUGCCAUGGAUCACAUUUAUCGGAAUUGGGGUACGGAGGAGCUACAACUGUCUAAAAUGCACAAUUUGCCGCUCCAAAUAUUCAGGGAUUCUUUAGCUUUUCAACUCCUGAGGAGGCACGGCCAUCGAAUAUCUCCAGAGAGGUUUUGCUGGUUUAUGCGUGAUCCGCAAAUACUCUUGCACAUAGAAGAGAACUACCAAGACUUCUUGGGAGCCAUGUAUACCGUCUACAGAGCCACGCAUUUGAUGUUUAUAGAGGAAUUGGAACUUGAAAAUGCCAAAACUUUUUCCAAGAAAAUAUUGCAACAGGGAUUGCCAAGCGAAGAUUUGAAAGACAGCCUUUGGGCUCUUUCUGAUCUCCAGAAAGAGAUUGAGCAUGAGUUGAAGAAUCUGUGGUUAGCACGAAUGGAUCAUCUAGAGCACCGGAUGUACAUAGAAAGAAGUAAAGACUAUAAUCUAUGGAUUGGAAAGUCCUCCUCUUGCAGGCUGACAUGCCUUGACGACAUUAUCCAACUUGCCACAAAAAAUUUCAUGACUCGCCAAUCAGUCUACAGGACUGAACUUGAGGAACUAAAGAGGUGGUCCAAAGAUAUAGGCCUUGCCAACAUGGGCUUUGGACGAGAGAACAACAAACUGCUACUUCCUUGCUUCCACUCCCAUUUCCUUUCCUUUAGAUUCUGAGGCGCGAAAAAUUGUGGCAAAGUGUGCAAUCUUAGUUACAGUUGCAGAUGCUUUUUUUGAUGAGCAUGGUUCAUUGGAUGAACUACAAUGCCUCACUGAAGCAGUCCAAAGGUGGGAAGGUGAAGGCUUAUCUGGGCAUAGUAAAGUUAUUUUUGAUGCUCUUGAUGACCUUGUAUGUGAUAUUACAUUGAAGAUUUUCAACCAACAAGGUUAUGAUAUAAAAACACAUCUUCAAGAUAUCUGGCGAGACAUGUUCAAUGCGUGGUUGAAGGAGUCCGAGUGGAGUGGAAGCAGACAUGCACCAUCAAUUGAUGAAUACCUUCAAGUUGGCUUGAUCUCUGUAGCUGUACAAGCAAUGUUUCUCCCCCCAUGUUAUCUUGCAAGUCCAAAGCACCCACAGGACACUCCAGGAACCCGUUAUAGCAAAACUACCAAAUUGUUAAUGCUCUCGACUCGCUUAUUGAAUGACAUUGAAAGCUAUGAGGUUAUACUACUCCACCAUAAUUUUCAUGCCUAUUUGUCUCAUUAUUGUUGUUUUCAAACUAAUGCAAAAUCAUUU